AUGGCGAUUCUCGAGUCUUUCCCUAAGGCGGCCCCUGCCAACCAGGCUGUCUUCCUGGGUCUUAGCAAGAAACAAUGGGCGUUGACGACGUUGACCUUUCAAAACUCUGCCCUCAUUUUGAUCAUGCAUUAUUCCCGUGUCAUGCCUCCUACCGGCGACCACCGAUACUUUACUUCGACCGCCGUUUUCCUCAACGAGAUCAUCAAGCUUGCGGUCUCUCUUUCUUUAGCUAUAUAUGAUACAUCCAAGACCUUGGCGCCCACAACACCCGCGACAGUCCUUUUCGAACAAAUCUACAACUCCGUCUUUGCUGGCGAUGGGUGGAAGCUUGCGAUAACCGCUGCCUUUUACACACUUCAAAACAUGCUACAGUAUGUGGCUGUGGGAAACUUGGAUGCGGUGCACUUCCAAGUGCUAUAUCAGCUCAAGAUCCUCAUUACUGCUAUAUUCAGUGUUGUCCUGUUGCGACGAAACCUGGGACCUAAACGUUGGCUUGCCCUAAUUAUCCUCACUCUCGGCGUAUGCGUUGUAUCACUUCCUCAAGCCGGGUCCUCAUCCAGCUCACCCAGCGUUCCUCUUCGCCAUAUGACGGACCAUUUCUUCCCUCGUUCGCUUCACGAAUUAGGCUAUGUGUCUACUGACAGCGGCCAUGAAGGUCAACUGGCUAAACGAUCUGCCACCUACGAAGGCAUUGACCAUGAUUUACCUCCUCUCGAUCCUCUCAUGAAUUACUCGGUUGGCCUGGUUUCGGUCCUUAUAGCCGCUACCGUGUCUGGCUUGACAGGGGUUUACUUUGAGAAGCUCCUCAAGGAGAGCCCCACGCAAGCCAGCGUCUGGAUCCGUAAUGUUCAGCUGAGUUUCUACUCCAUCUUUGCUGCAGGUCUAGGAGGUGUGAUAUGGCAAGAUGGUGAGGGCAUCAGCGAGCAUGGCUUUUUCGAGGGUUACAACUGGGUUGUGUGGAGUGCCGUCGUGUUGCAGGCUGUCGGUGGCAUGUUGGCAAGUGUGGUAAUUCGCGACGCCGACAACAUUGUCAAAAACUUUGCGACGAGUAUCAGCAUUGUCAUUAGUUUCUUGAUUAGCAUGAUGCUAUUUCAGUUUGAAGUGUCAGCGACAUUUGUCUUUGGUACAUUCCUCGUACUCCUCUCUACCUGGAUCUAUAACGGAUCAGAUCGCGUUAUACGUCGCCCUCCGCCGAUCCAGAUCCAUAGCUUUGAGAAGCCGGCUAUCGAGUCUUUUCCGACCCCGCGUAAUCUGGCGAGCCGGCUGAACGUUAACCCCAUGGAAUCCCCUAUGGGUUUGACCACGAGCCGGCCAAGCACACCACUUCUGCCUAGGACGCCGAGCAAGGCCAACUUUAAGAGAGACGAGUAA